CUCCGCACUCUUAGCUAGGUGCACUAUCCUCAUCAUGGGAAUUUCAGAGGAUAUAAAGAGUAAGACAAAAUCAACUCCUUCUUGGAGUUCUGAGGUCUUGCUUGUUCCACCCAGAAAACUAAGAAAAAGAGAAAUAAAUGAGUUCAAAUAAUUAGACUCUUGAUAAGUGCGUCCAGUAUCGUUAAUCGGUGAAAGGUCGCUUUUUGACCUUACCAAAAUCAUUGACAAAAAGGUUGUGCAUAUUCUUGCAUUUUGGCUUAGAGAAACUUAGAACUUGUUGGUUGCAUUUUAUCCUUCUCUGAAUUUUUAUUUUUAUUUGUUUUGUUUUUAUUUUAUUGAUUUCGAAGAAUAUCUGUGCGCCAGUAUCAGUUUUUGGGUACUUUUACGUUCCUUUUCUAUUCUUACUGUUGUUCCUAAGAAAGAAGGUAAAGCAUGGAACAAUCAAAAAACUUGAAAAUUAGUACUCUUCAGCGAAUUCAAGAAUUGUACCGACUAGGCGAUUAUCAGUAUCUGGAAGCAGCAGAAGCUAUUGACAAGAAAAGCACUUCAGUUCCAGAACGGAAAAGCUUUUCUCCUGAGAAAAUUGAUCGUUAUGGAAACUACCGUAAUGAUAUGGGAUUGGUAAACGUAGGAUUCUAUAAAGUCACUAAGGAUCUUUCACUAGAUAAAGAGAGCAGUACUUUUCGUUUGGGUAAAAAGCUAAUUGGCCGCGAUGACUUGUCGAAAUAUAUUAAGGAAAGUAUCUUUUCCCCUUUGACAGAAGAAUUAGAAAAAGAUAGGAAGUUGCUAUCAGAACGCGAGCUUUCCCGGAUUGAAAAAUGGAAACAGAUGUGCACUAUACAUUUCGAGUCAGGGAAUCAGCUUCAUUCGUUUCGGAUCACAAGAAAAUUAAUUCAAAGAACAUUCAAAGGAAUACCCGAUUGCUGGCGCUCUAUAGCCUGGUGGUCAUUUUUAAUGGAUGAUGUCCCGGACUCGAAUCUAAUUAAUCAUUACUAUGAUUUGUGCGAUCAGAUAUGUGAGUAUGAUGUACAGAUUGAUUUAGAUGUUCCUCGAACUGCUGCUACUCAUUUUCUGUUUCGUAAACGUUAUAAUGGUGGUCAACGGCUACUGUUUAGAGUUUUACAUUCAAUCGCUUUGUACCUCCCUCAUGUUGGUUAUGUACAAGGAAUGGCUUCUAUUGCAGCGACCUUGUUAAUUUACUACACCGAGGAGUUAGCAUUUAUAAUGAUGGUUAAUCUGCUCGAACGUAGGGGUAUGAGUUCUCUCUUUUCGUCUGGGUUUGAAGUCUUAUUAAAGGCGUUUGAUGAUUUGAAGGAAGAGUUACAGUAUCUACCGUCUGGUAGACAUCUAUCUAAUAUUGGAGCUGAACCAUCUGCAUUUGCUACUCGCUGGUAUUUGACAAUUUUCCAUCAAUGUGUUCCUUUUCAUACGCAACUUCGUAUAUGGGAUUUGCUUUUCCUUUUAGGUGGUAAUGAAGGACAAACAAUUAGGCUUUUACAAGCGUCAUCACUCGCCCUAGUACGAGGAAUGUGGGAUACAUUAAUGGAUGCUGAUUUUGAGGUUGUCAUGCAGGCUUUAUCAGGAGUUAUUCCUAUCCGGAACGACGAUGCUUAUUUAGCCCGCAUCGAACAUUUUUGGCAGAAAAUGCCUUCUGAAGCCGCUUCGAAAAAUUAGUUUUAAUUAUGGGUUACAGUGUCGCUAUUUAUCUUCUUGGUUUGCAUUUCUUUGUAUUAUGCUUUUUUCGCUUUUACAGUGGGGUUAUUGUACUGUCGCUUCUCUUUAUAAUGUUGUAUUCUCUUAAUUUGGAUCUUUAUCCGUACUUUUAAUUUCCUUGAUACCACCGGUAACAAGAGUCAACAUGUUAGGUGUUUUUAUAAUUGCUUUAGGUUUAGGGAACUCUUGAAUUAUAAAAUCUGCUUGAAUUGAUACUUGCAACUCAUGUAGGAUAGUAUAUACUCCAUUACAAAGAAAUGCAAAAAAUAUUACACAUA